GUAGCGGUUAGGGGGAAGCAACACCUGAGUGACUUUCCCACAAAAGAGUUUUCAAACCCAAUAACCUUUGCUUUCUUUUAUUUCAAUUAGCAAACCUUUUAAACCAAAGUUUAGUUGCUAGAUAAUGAUUUCAACAACGGAAGUAGGGAUGGACGGACCGGCCCGGGUCGAUAUCUAAAUACUUGCCCUAUAUUGCACCCGAUCAGAGUUUAAAAACUUGGGCUCUAAUUAAGGUUUUAUUGUGGUGUAGUUCCGUGCGAGUCAUUACCACUACGGACGAUAGCUUCCGCACACCUUAGCAUGCCAUGAUGGGAGGCAGAUACAUUGGCCUCAGCUGGUUCUGACCCACCCACACAACCACUCUGGAUGGAUUCGCUAGAGCAUGAUCCUACUUUAUUUGAGUUAAUGUGGACGUCCCAGCUUGAGGGGCAGGUGUUCGGUAGUGCACAUGAUGAGUAUCCUCAGUCUCAAGGGAAGGGUUUGUUCUAUAGUGCGCAUGAUGGGCAUCCCCAGUCUCAUGUGCAGGGUUUGUUCUGUACACGUGAUUAUGAUGAUACAAUGGAGGGAGAUCGGACCAACGCUGAGCGGAGGCCUGCGCUGGACAAGCAUGCAUCGAAGUGUGGUACUAGAGGCCAUCCAAUGGAUCAUCAUGGUGGUCGUUGUGUUGGUUUUCAUGGUGGUCAUUAGUUUGACUAUUAUAUUAUCAAAUGUUUGAGACUAUUUCAUUUCUCAUUUUCCCUUGUGAUGUAUUAUGUUACUAUUAUGAACUUUGAUGGUUAUUUUUCCCUUGUGAUGUAUUAUGAUACUAUUAUGGACUUAUAUGGUUAUUUAUCAUUUCGUGGUGUAUCAUGAUACAAUCAUGGACUAUUUAUCAUUUCAUUACGUGUUAUGGUACUAUUAUUGUCAUGUAUGAUGCUAUUGUCUAAAAUGAAAAUUUGAACUAUAAAAACAACAACAACAACAAGUACUAAAUUUGAUAAAAGUUCUAACAACUACUUCAAACAAUAACAACAACAUCGUUCAAAAGUUCAAACAACUACUACAUUUGAUAAAAGUUCCAACAACUACUUCAAACAAUAAGACCUACUACUUCGUUCCAAAGUUCCAACAACUACUCCAAACAACAACAAAUAAAAGUUCCACCAAACUACCGACCAUGUUUAUUACCACUACUUCCUUUUUUACUACCUCUCGAACAUCGUUGGCCACCACUUCCUUUUUGCUGGCUCCCGCUACCACUUGCUUGGCCACCACAAGUUGAUGCAUUAUGUCCAGAUUGGUUAUAGUUUCUACACACUUGUUGAGCUACACCCUCUCUUGUCCUAUCAUCUUUUUGUGAAUUAUUGUUGGUCGUGGCCUCCCCGUCUUCCUAAUCAUGUGCACAUUAGGAUGGAGUGUAGGGCCAUUGUGCUUCUUCCAACCCUUAGGUUCACCAAGAGGUUUGCAACUUGUCCAAUAACAAGCCAAUACUCUUUCAAGCUUGUAGAUGUCGUUUACAAACCUAUAUGGGUUAGCCCCCAUUCGGUUGCAAGCUGCAAUGGCAUGAGAGCAAGAAAUUUUAUUUCCUUGUAAUUUCCCACAAGUGCAAAACCCCACCCGAUUGUUGUUGUCAAAGUGCAUUGUGAGUGUGUUUGAACCAGUCAUGUUGAAAUUAUUGGGAGGAGUCUGAACUACAUAGAUGCCCUAACGUCGAUCUAACCCCGUCACAGAAUGUCCAACUACCUUUUGUGCCCAUGGCUUCAUAAGAUCUUUUCAUGUCGUGGUUUACUGUGAAUGACCAUUUUUUACUUGUGCUUCUGUUUCCAACCUCAUCUUAUCGAUUUCUCCAAUAAUCGCCAAUAAGUAUGUUGCAUAAGAGAAGCUACAGGAAGUGAACAAAUACCUUUGAAAACACCAUUCAUGCUCUCUGCCAUGUUGGAUGUCAUGAUAGACCAUUGAUGCCCACCAUUAUGGUUAUCACAUGCUAAGCGAUUUGAUUUUGGUUCACCCAACUAUUGUAUGAAACAUUACUAUCAGCAUCUUCUUAAAUUGCUCAACUUGACGAUCGAACUUCUCCAAGCAUUUUUCUCCAGCUAACACAAUAAAUAACCACCCAAAUUUGAUAUAUUCAUGACAAAAUUAAAUGAAAAUAAAUAAUACAUAACAAUAAAUAACCACACGAGUUAGAUAUAUUCAUGACAAAAUUAAAUGAAAAUUAAUAAUACAUAACAAUAAAUAACCAUAACAAUGAAGGCUUACCGACUCAAAACACUUGAUUAUACAUAAUCUUGCUUUUAGUCUUCCAUUGCAAGUUGCUUGCAUAGUGUCGCAUGCACCACCUCCACUCUCAACCUCAUCCGAUGUCACUCAUGGUUUCAUAGAGUCCCACAUGUCUAUAUGAGAUGAUGCAGACAUAAUUCGGUCGCCAAACCUUGAAGGUUUCUUAUGAACCAUGGCCAACUAUCGGUAUUCUCACUCUCCACUAUGGCAAAUGCAAUUGGAAAAAUCUUCUUCUGGCCAUCAAAUGAGCUUGCCAUGAGUAGCACUACUUUAUACUUUCUAGUAAGAAAUGUUCCAUCAACAA